AAAUCAGUUGUGUUUUAUUUGGCGCAUUAUUAAAAACAUUGCUCUCUUUUUCAAAUAAAAAUUAAUUCAAACCAACCAAGCUUUAUACAAUUUUUCAUUUUAGCUCUAUGUAAAUGAACUGUGCAAUGCAUCGCUUUGCUUGAAAGUAAUAUUUUCUUCGCUUACUAUUUUCAUGCAACCUUUCAAAAAUACGAACAAUUUGACCACGGUUAAACAGCAAAGUGCUAAUUACUUGUCCAAGUCAACCUGUAUAUUCAUCUUUAUUCAGUUUUUUGUUCCUAUACUUUGAAUAAGGUUUUAAAACUGGAAGCUCAAUUUCAGUUUUAUAGUUUAUUUUGAUCAUAUCGUGUCUGGUUAGUACAUUGACUAUCUAGUUGUUAACCAAUGAGUGAAGAGGACUGGGAAGCGACACCGCUCGAAGGACGGCGACUGGAACGCACUCGUGAUGACAACAACGGCAGACAAACAGAAGAAGGUGACGAACCCCCCCAGACAGAACGACCCAAUCGAACCAAAAAUUCAUCGUCUGAAUCAAACCGAGAGCAGAAUGAAGUAAACAAUAACAACAACGACAGCGGAAGAGGCCUCAAAAAAUCGAGAAAGAGAAAGUCAAAAAAGAAGGCAAAGGUCAGGUUUGCAAGUGAAGAGGAACAAGUGGAUCUGGCGAUUGCACCAGUGGCCGACGAACGAGACGGACUUCCUGUGACGUCAGAUGAAGCAAGCACCAUCGCCGACUGGGAACAGACUACCCAACUUCUCUCGUCGACUCUUCAGAACAUGGACGACGAGAUGAUUGCAUCAUCGCUGAUGCGCACCCAGUACAUCGACAUAGCUCCAAAUAGCGACCAGUUCGAACAGCAGGAGACCCAGAGACGCUACAGCAGUCCUAAGAGUCGCGAUCGGAAAGAGCUUCAGUCGUUUGAUAAUGAGCAACCAAAUGACGGCAACAAAGGUCGCCACUUUCCCCGAGCAGAUCCCGACCCGAAUAGGUCCAACAUGAACAACAGUUAUGUCACAAUGCAUGGCGGCAAAACCGAAGACGGCAACGACACGAAAGUCGAAGAUGACUCGGGGAGAAAAAAUAAGAACGAAGUGAACGAUACCCAAAUAUCGAAACGAACUGUGAAUGAGAUCUCGUUUGACACGACUUAUCAGAUACCGAAUAACGAGACGACAAUCAGACUGAACAGAAAUGAUGUUUUGGAGGAAAGUGAAACGCCUGCAUCAACAAUGGAAGCAGAAAUAUAUGGGAUGACGGAAUCUCCAGGAAAUUACGGUGAAAUCGACACCCCUCUUCUAGAACCCCAGAUAAUAUCGCUUCCUCGCUCGGAAGUGACUCUGGUCCUGGUCAACAUCGGAUGUCCGGAAACAUAUCAGCAAGAUUUCCAGGAUUUGAUUCGAGAAGUGAACAACGUACAAAUCCUCGGCCAAUUCUUUGUCGUCUCCGACAUCCGACUCGUCAGCUCGGAAAAUCCGACUUCGGCCGGCAUAUUUUCGAAAAGCAACCAAGACAAUUUAUUCGUGAUGGCAUUGUACGACGCGACCAAAACGAAUGAAGACAGUUUGAAGAGGUUGAGAUCAAAUUUUGAGAAGGUGAAGUUGCCACGUGAACAUAUUUUGCUGUGUGGAAUUUGCCCAGAAGGAACGAAAGUUGAAGAAAAUUUUGACGUCGGCCUUUUCGCCCUGAAGAACAAAAUGCUGCACAAGAUUUGUCACCUGACAUUCCCAGCUGUCUCGCAAUCCAUCGAGUGGGCAAUCAGGAUGCGCCUGGACUCCACCUCCCAGAUCACCCUCGUGCCCUCCCGAUCCACCCCCGGCUCACCUGUUGUGAACAGACUCGUGUCCGACAAACACUUCGACUCCGUGUCCGUCAAUCACAAACACGAUAUCGAUCUGACAUUCUCCGUCUGUUUAAUUGGACCUCCGAGAUCUGGAAAGUCCAAUAUAGUACAGAGGUUCGUCUACAAUUCGUAUCAGGAGUUGUACCAGAAAACAAUCGGCGCCGACUUUCAUCAAAAAGAUGUUCGAUUGAAUCAUAAAAAUCUGCGACUUCAAAUGUGGGACUUCGGAAAAGGUUUCGAAACUAUUGUCGAAGAUCAUUUGGUUUCAGCGCGAUGUGUGAUCGCAGUUUUUGAUCACACAAGUAGGAGUUCGCUCGAAUCUUUGUCAAACAUGUUAGACGAAUACAGCGGAGUCUUAUCCGAUAAAGUUCUCGUGAUAGCCGGAACAAAGUCAGACUUAAACGAAACCGAUAUCAGAAAAUCAAGCGAGAUCCAGUGUGUCGCGGAGCGCUUCAGUGCCAUCGGGUGGUUCCCUGUCAGCAGCAAAACAGGCGAAGGGUGUGGAAAACAUGCUAGUUGAUUGCUGUAUAAUGGUGAUGCAAACGGAGAAUUUUGAGAAAAAAGAUUACACACAUGAGCGAAACCACGGAAAUCGAAGAUCAAUUGGCGAAAUCGGGAAUCAUAAGCAAUCAUCCACUUGUACUAUUAUUUAGCUUUCAGUAACUUCAUUAAAAAUUCAAAUUUAAAGUCAAA